UCUGACAAUUGACAGAUCAAGACAGUAAGGUAAUUUGACCUUUGAACCCUAAAUUGUGCUUAUAUAUUAGGCUCCUAGUAGCAAGCUUUACUUCACAAAAAAUGGUAGUCAUGGAGGAAUUCAAGCACUUUGUGAUUGUCAAGUUCAAAGAAGGUGUAGUAGUAGAAGAGCUUACAAAAGGGAUGGAGAAAUUGGUCUCAGAGAUUGAUCUUGUCAAAUCCUUUGAAUGGGGACAGGAUAUUGAAAGCCUAGAUGUGUUGAGACAAGGUUUCACUCAUGCCUUCUUGAUGACAUUCAACAAGAAAGAAGAUUUUGCUGCAUUUCAGAGCCAUCCAAGUCAUGUUGAGUUCUCUGAAAAGUUUUCAACAGCUAUUGAAAAGAUUGUGCUGCUUGAUUUCCCAUCAAACCUUGUUAAGCCAGUAAAGGAAGCAGCAUAAUCAUGAAGAAUGAAGAUAUUUCAACAAUAAAUAAUUCAUUAUUAAAAGUUGAAACAUGUUAAGUGUGUGAAUGUGAUUGCUUGUUUGUGCCUUCUGUUUGUAGUUUAGUUGUAUGAUUGUUUGUUACUAUUUGAAUUUGUACUGUGAUAUUUGUAUGGUAAAAGAUAAGGGUUUGCCUUCUAAUCAAUGGAUAUGAUUUUGAGAGAUCGUUACUA